AUGACAACAGCUGCUAGACCAACUUUUGAUCCUGCCCGAGGAAAUGAUAGUAAAGCACCAACUUUUCAAUAUAGUUCUAGAGAUCUUUCUGCUCAUACAAAACUUAAAUAUAGUGAUGAGGAAGAAGAAGACGAUACUGCAGCUUUAUUAGCUGAAUUAGAGAAAAUAAAAAAAGAGCGAACAGAGGAGAGAGAGCAACGACAAGAAGAAAUAAUGACGGGAAAUCCAUUAAUUGCAAAUAAAGAUUUUAAUGUUAGAAGAAGGUGGGAUGACGAUGUCAUUUUUAAGAAUCAGGCUCGUGGAGUUGAAGAUAACCCUAAAAAACGAUUUAUAAAUGAUACACUUAGAAGUGACUUUCAUCGUAAAUUUAUGAACAAAUAUGUUAAAUAA